UCUCGGUUAAUCCACUCUCAUUGUAGUUUACAAAUUAAUACUUGAACGCUGCUCUCAUGACUCAUCAUGACAUGUACCUAUAUAUAUCGAGCAUCAGUCAACACGUUCCUGCAUGCCACAUCUCGGUUUGUUUUCUGCCGUUAUUGCUUCAAGCCUCGAGUGGCGGAUAUAUGAUGCAGAUGGCAGUGCCGUGCCUACCGCGCGCGUUGAGCAAUUCAGUUCAAUACACGUUGAGACGUCGCAGCGCGAGCACAUAAAGUUAUUGGAUCGAUUUCAACUGUAGUGAAUCUCGUAAAAAAAUUAAACUAUAUCUUCCGUAAUAACAAAUUGUGUUCCCGUGCGAACUUUGAGUGCGCCGAACGAUGUCCUCGUCCAGUGACGAAUCCGAUGAUAGUUCAUGUAGUAGCGGAGGCGAAGAAAUCAGCGCCGAACAAUGGGAUCACUUGGGCAAAAUCAACUUUGAAAAACUGAAGUGCUUAAGAGAAAAAUUGAAUUGGGAAAACGAAGAAGAGCGUCGGAAAUUUUACCAUCAACUUGAAGAUUUAAUAAAAAAUUGGAAGGGUCGACGACCGAAUCUUCGAGACAUCUUUCGGCCCGAGGAAAUCGAUUGGCUUCUUACGGAGGAUGUCAAGGAAUUCGUGAAAAAAAGCGGGAGAAUACGUGAAAUUCCGAUCAUAAGAUUUGUGAAAAAGUCGGGUUACAAAGACGAGCCAAACGUAGACGAAAACGGCAAGCCACUGUUGCGUCGCGCCACUGCACUGCAUUACGUUCGUGGACGCAGUUUCUACUUCACCCCGGCGGUCACUGAUCUUUUUAAAAUAUACAACAGAUUCGACGCGAACUACACCGACGAAUCUGGAUUGACGCAUUUGCACGUGGCUUCCGAGUUGGAACUUGACGACAUUGUCCGAAAAUUUCUCGAUUUCGAGCAUGAUCUCGACUGCCGCGUGCAAAAAACAGGCGAUUCGCCGUUACACGUGGCUCUGAACAUGAAUAACAACGAAGUGGCACUGAUGCUGCUGAGAAGGGGUGCCGACCCGAAUCUGCCCAACGAGAAAGGAUUCACUUCUCUGCAUUUGAUCUACAAGUGGGAAUAUUUUUACGAAGACGAAGAUCGUGAAUUUUUGAAGAUGUUUUUCAAGAUCAUCGGAGAUCAAAAUCGAUCGUUACAAUUGGAAGCCCGUGACAAGUUGGGCCGGACCCCGUUGCAAUGGGCCGUGGCGAGUUUCAUGCCGGAUGCCGUCGAUACAUUUUUAGAUUUAGGCGCUGAUCUGUCGAGUUUUGUUUUUCCUACCGAGAGUCACCUUGACGAGAGAUUCGACAGGUGGUUCGAUGACUACUGGGAUGGUUUUAAAUUGCGACUAGAAUCUGGUGCUCUGGCCGUCUUGGAUUGUCUGAAGAGAAGAGGAUACGAGCUGGAACGUAGCGACGUUCUGACGAUUAUGAAAUUUUUCCUCAAGUACAAAGUUUUCAGGAAGGUAAGGGAUAAUGGAAGGGAGUUCGCGAGCGAAGAUUCACAGGACGACGAACAUUGGUACAAUUUCGAAAAUUUUGCGAAAAGAGCGAAAAAAAUUAUGAUUAAUCCGAGUCUGUCGCUUUACGAGCUGGUUCGGUUGCGACCCGGAGAGUCAGAAAAACGACUCACUUAUUUGGACUGCUUCGUUUUUGUGAACUCAGAAGACUUUUGGUUACUUCCCGAACUCGAGAGAAAAAAUGGCUCUUGUGCUGAGCACCUGAACGAGAUAAUGGCGAGAGGAUUUUGUCGACGAUGGGCACUGGAUCCAUUCAUGGACCUGACGAGCAACCGACUGCCAAUACUCUGCUGCGAAAUUAUCUUGGAGAACUUGAAGAACGAAGAUUUAUGUCGUGUUUGCUUGGCAGCCGUAGACCAAAGCUCAUGA